UUUUGACUGCUGUCUCUUCACAAACUGGCUAACGUUAGCUUGCUAAAGUGACACACUUGGUGGAUUAGGAUGUUAAGACUAGCAUGGCGUCGGUCGGCGUCCAAACAUAGCCGCGCGGGACCUGCAUGCGUGUUAACUGCAGCUUAUUCGGGAGCGUAUAGUUCACAGAAGAAAUCACAGGGUGACUUUAGGUGUUUCAGACAAAUUCCCCACCCACCAAGCGACAGGUCACCGCUCCUCCAUCCCCGGGCGGCCUGCUACCUCAGUCCAUCUGUCUUCAUGAGUAUGGCGUCAGGGAGUGAAGGGCCAUCAUCCACUUCUCACAGACACACCAACAGGUUAGCUAAGGAGAGGUCACCAUACCUGCUACAACAUGCGCACAACCCUGUCGACUGGUAUCCAUGGGGGAAGGAUGCUUUUGACAAAGCAAAGAACGAAGAGAAACCUAUCUUUUUAUCGGUGGGCUAUUCCACAUGCCAUUGGUGCCAUGUUAUGGAGAGGGAGUCCUUCGAGGACGAGGAAAUUGGCAAAAUCCUUAGUGAAAACUUUGUCUGCAUCAAGCUAGACAGAGAAGAGAGGCCUGAUGUGGAUAAGGUCUACAUGACCUUUGUGCAGGCAACAAGUGGAGGUGGUGGUUGGCCUAUGAGUGUGUGGUUGACUCCUGAGCUUCGACCUUUCAUUGGAGGCACCUACUUCCCUCCCAGAGACCGUGGAGGUAGACCUGGGUUCAAGACGGUCCUCACCAGAAUCAUAGAUCAGUGGCAGAAUAAUCGUCCUGCUUUGGAGUCCAGUGGGGAGAGGAUCAUUGAGGCCCUGAAGAAAGGCACAACCAUCACUGCAAAUGCAGGCCAAAGUCCUCCACUGGCUCCAGACGUGGCUAAUCGCUGCUUCCAGCAGCUCGCCCAUUCCUAUGAGGAAGAGUAUGGAGGCUUUAGAGACGCUCCAAAGUUCCCCUCACCAGUGAAUCUGAUGUUCCUCAUGUCCUAUUGGACUGUGAAUCGCUCCAUAUCAGAAGGGGUGGAGGCUCUCCAGAUGGCCUUGCACACGCUCCGCAUGAUGGCACUGGGAGGCAUCCAUGACCACAUUGCACAGGGUUUUCAUCGUUACUCCACAGACUCCUCCUGGCAUGUUCCUCACUUUGAGAAGAUGUUGUACGACCAGGCUCAGCUGGCUGUUGCCUACAUAACAGCUUCCCAGGUUUCAGGUGAGCAGUUUUUUGCAGAAGUGGCUAAGGAUGUACUGCUUUAUGUCUCCAGAGACCUGAGCGACAAGUCUGGGGGCUUCUACAGUGCAGAGGAUGCAGACUCUGUCCCGGCUUCGGGGGGACCAGAAAAGCGAGAGGGGGCUUUCUGCGUGUGGACAACCUCUGAAGUCCGGGAGCUCUUACCAGACGUGGUGGAGGGCACCGCUGGUAAUGCUACGCUGGCUGACAUCUUUAUGCAUCACUAUGGGGUCAAAGAGCAAGGCAAUGUUGCUCCAGAACAGGACCCCCACGGGGAGCUGCAGGGCCAGAAUGUGCUGAUCGUGCGUUAUUCAGUCGAGUUAACAGCUGCUCGCUUUGGCAUCACUGUCGAGAAAGUCAAUGAGCUCCUGGCCUCCGCCAGAGCCAAAAUGGCCGUAGUGAGAAAGAGUCGGCCACGCCCUCAUCUGGACACCAAGAUGUUGGCCUCCUGGAAUGGCCUGAUGCUGUCGGCCUACGCUCGCGUCGGAGCUGUGCUGGGGGACAAGGACUUGGUGGAGAGAGCAGUGAAGGCUGGGGGUUUCCUAAAGGAGCACCUGUGGGACGCUAAGCGGCAGACCAUCCUUCGAUCUUGUUACCGUGGAGACCAGAUGGAGGUGCAACAGAUAUCUCCGUCUAUCUCUGGCUUCCUGGAUGACUAUGCCUUCAUCAUAUGUGGUUUGCUGGACCUGUACGAGGCCACACUACAAACAGAGUGGCUGCAGUGGGCUGAGGAGCUGCAGCUGAGGCAGGACGUGUUGUUCUGGGAUGAUCAGGGCGGAGGCUACUUCUGCAGUGAUCCCACUGACAGCACAGUACUGCUGCAGCUGAAAGAGGAUCAGGAUGGAGCUGAGCCCAGUGCUAACUCAGUCUCAGCGUUCAACCUCCUUCGUCUGUCCCACUACACUGGAAGACAGGAGUGGCUCCAGAAGUCCCAGCAGCUACUGACGGCAUUCUCUGACCGUCUGACCACUGUUCCCAUAGCCUUGCCUGAAAUGGUGCGAGCUCUUAUGGCCCAGCACUACACACUUAAACAGAUUGUGAUCUGUGGCCAGAGGGAUGCUCCAGAUACCACAAGUCUCCUAGCAGCAGUCAACUCCCUCUUCCUCCCGUAUAAGGUCUUGAUGCUCGCUGAUGGGAACGCGGAAAGUUUCCUGUGCCAGCGCCUGCCUGUCCUCUCCUCCAUGUCGCAGCUGCGCGGCGUAGCCACAGCCUACGUCUGUCAGGACUUCACAUGCUCUCUGCCCGUCACCGACCCGCAGGAGCUCCGCCGGUUACUCCUGGACGGGACUACAGAUAGAAUGUAGACAGCUGAAUAAACUGACCGAUCAUGUUAUCUUCAAAAACUGCUCUUCUCAGACCUGCAGCUCGAGCCUAGUUCUUUUUUUUUGUUGGAUUUGGCUAGUGAGUCCGGCCUUGCCAUCACUGGAUGGCGGUGCUUUAGCAGCUGAUGUUGGUAGGGGUAGGGCUAAGGUACCUUGAGGGUGUCGUCCUGCUAGCCAUUCCACAUCUGUUACUCCAGCCUGUUCUUUAUCAGCAAUGCCAGGUAUUACCUCAAAUAUCAGCUCCAGGUUUUUAUUCAAAUCAAUGUGUAGAAAUGCUUGGAUGAGCUAAUCAUGCACAGCAGCAGUGGCAAUCUGAAAAACCUGUAGCAAACCUGUUGCAAAAAGUUGUAGCUUUACUGUUACCCCAGAAGAUCCCUAAUAGAGGAUAAGCUGAGAGCCCUUUAAAUGAACUGGGCCGAUAACAUUUUGCAGAGGGACCUCUCCGGCAUGCGUUCCAGCUCCUGUGUUCACGACACACGGAUUUGACAGAGGAGACCUGCCUGGCGGCGGUUGAUUUGUGUGUAACCGUGUACAUACAUUUUAAAAACCAUUGCAUAUGAUGCUUUUAUCUGUGAGGAGCGAGUCUACUGAAACUGUCGCACAAAAGAUCCGCCUUGUGAAUGUUGUCUUUACCUUUAGACAUCAUAAAAAACAGCAUGUAUAUACACAACCCCAAAUAAUAAAUCUAUUUCUC